CUCGCUGCUGCUGAGCGUCCUGAAGCCAGCUCAGUCGCCACACCGGGGGAAGUUGGAGUUGCUGAAAAGCAGAUUUCCUGUGGAAAAACUCCCACUCUGAACCAGAACGACGGCGAGCAGCUGACGUGGAGCAUGAUGGGAGAUACGAGGCUGAAGCAACAGAGGCCGUCGGUUCUGUGUCAAGUUUACCAAACCGCCGCCAGACGUGGUGCAGAAAGUAGGGCUGGUGACUCCAUCUGUAAGAGAGUGGCGGAUGAAGCUCCACUUUCCCCACAACAAAGCUCCUCUUCAGGACCAAGCCACGUCCUCCUCCUGAAGACGGACCAGUCCAAGCAGACCUCCAGGGAUUCCAGGCUUCAUGACGGCUGUCCUCGGGGGACCAGCCCUCUCUUUGUGAACGGCGUCUGCCGCUGGCCCGGCUGUGAAGUGUUCUCUGAAGAUUUCUCCAGCUUCUUGCGACACCUCCAUGCUGACCACGGCCACGGCGACCGGAGCCUUGCUCAGUGGAGGGUCCAGCAGGACAUUGUUCGCUGCAUGGAGAGUCAGCUGAUUCAGGAGAAGCAGAAGCUUGUGGCGAUGCAGCAGCACCUCUCUGAACACUGGAACCCCCACACGCCGCCGGCGGUCGCCGCAGACGCAGACGCAGACGCAGACGCAGACCAUCGCUGGGCCUCCACACAGCUGGCAGACCUGCUCCAUGGAGGCUGCAGGGCUGCAGGUUCUGCUCCGGUUCUACCAGAUGUGGUCUCCAGCACCGACUGUUACAAAUACCACAACAUCAGACCGCCGUACACCUACGCUCACCUGAUCCGAUGGUCCAUCCUGGAGUCUCCAGCCCAGCAGUGCUCUCUGAGUCAGAUCUACAGCUGGUUCUCCUCCAAGUUCUUCUAUUUCAGACACAACACGGCAACCUGGAAGAAUGCAGUGCGGCACAACCUCAGCCUCCACAAGUGUUUUGUGCGAGUGGAGGGGGGGAAGGGCGCCGUGUGGACGGUGGAUGAGAGAGAGUACCAGAAGAGGAAGAGUCAGAAGUACCACAGGGACUGUCCGGUGAAGUGGCUGGCGCCGUACCCCCCCUCUGCAGCCCCGCCCCCCGCCUCUCCCGGACCCUUCUAGAUGCCACGCAGUCUCCAGACGCUGUUUUCUCUCCACUGAACUUCAUUUCCACUCCCAG